CGUCAACCGUCAAGAGAGAAGUAUUCGGAAAGAAGAGAAGGAAAAAAAGAAUUUUUAGAGAGAGGAGGAAAAAAAAUAUCCCCAAUCCCAUCAUCCCUUCACCCACCCGCACGCGUCUCCUCCGACUCCGAUCCGAGCUCCAGAUCUGCGGCGCCGGCGACCAACCUCUCCGGCGGCGGGGGCGGCGGCGGAGAUCCACGAUGCCUUCGUCGGAGCAGGGGGCCUCGCCCCUGCGCCGCCUCCUCCGCGUCGACGCCCUCGUCCUCCCCUCCGCUUGCUCCCACCGCCUUAAGCCUUGGUCUCUCCAUCCCCACCUCCUCUCAUCCUCCUAACGCCAUCCAAUCUCUCUUCUCCCCGUCUCUUUCUCCUGCUCCCCGUUGCCCUCCCAUUUCUUCCCCUUUUCUUCUCGUAGCUAUAGGGUGAUACACUUCUCUGAUUAUUGUUGUUGUUCUUCCCGUGCUGAUUUGGAUUUAAUUACAAGUAUUUGUGUUGGAUCGGUUGGACGCGCUCACUCGGUUUGGUUUGGUUUGGAUUGUAUUGGGUUGGAUCGGAUCGGAUUAGCCGCGCUAUAGCGUCAGGGGAUCAGCUCGGCUCACUGUGGUUUUUGAGGUGUUAGGGUUUGAGUGCUAGGUUGUUUGCUUGAUGGAUGGUCAUUCCUGUGGUGAUCUCGGGAGAGUGUCGGAAGUGAUAUCCGACGGCACCUCAUCGGGUAGCGCAGACGGCGGCAAGAGCCUGCCUGAGAAGCAUUCUGCGCUGGCUGAUGCUACUUCUGGAGUGGCGGCGGAGAAUGCCGAUAAUUUGUCACAAGCUGGGAAGUACAUGGAUUUCUCCAGUACCACCAGCUUGGGGGUGAAGAAAGGCUUCCAGAAGUGCAUGACGUUUCCGCCCUCUAGCGGCGAGGCACAACAGCAGCAGGGUUCAUGCUGUGAUGCAGAUAAGAAUCCCAAGGAUGUGCCAACCUAUGAGCGCUCCGUGUCACUGCCCCCAACUUUGAAGAUCAUAUCUGCUAUGAAAGGAAGCCGCCAAAAGAAUGGGAUGGCUUCAUCAACUGAAAGUCGCCACGUCAAAUGGGCCCCUGACGUGUAUGACCCCCCAGUGACAUCUGUAUGUCAUUCAGUGAAUAACAGCUACCAGCGUCGGUCCAAAUCCCGGAAGAAGGACAAGAAUAAGCAGAAGCAGAAACAAAAGCAAAAGGGUAGGUCCAAGAAAAACCACCAGAAUGCUAUCCAGAGUUCAGCAGUGCUCCAAGCUCCUGGCGAAUUUGAUAGGCUCAAGGAUGCUGAAACCACAAGUAGUAAUUCAGCACCAGACGAUCUCAACAAACAUGAGACCGAUAUAUUGGAUUAUGGCAUCAGCAGUCAAGACGCCAAAUGUGGAAGCAGCUUUUUGCGUGAAUCGGCUGCUAAAAUGCAUUUCUCCACUGCUGAGGCUUCCUGAAAGAAAGGAAAAUGAGUCCUGCGGAUUCUCCCUUGGUAUGUAAAUAUGAUGGAUGUGUAGAUAAAUAAAAUCCAGUUUGUUGUUGUGUUUCCUGCUGUGUGAGGCGUUAAGAGAACUUCUGGCGUGCUUUGAUUUGGAGCAGUUACCAUGACUGUUGGACUGGUUUUUGUAUGUAUUGAUGGACAAAGCUAGUAAGCAUUAAUCUAUGAGCUGCAGUUGUUUUCCUUGAUCAAUGAUUA